GGCACCUAUCAGCAGCAGGCCGUCACGUCAUAUUAUUCGGACCCUUUGGAGCAUGCAUGGCAUUUGCAGAUCAUGCGCUUCAUCGUCGAGAGUGGGAUGGCGUUCAACUGCGUGAAACUUGAAAGCUUCAAACGCAUGUUCACGAUGAUCAUCCCCUUGGGGGUUCCAAGGGCACCCACGCCCAGAAUGCCCUCGUACCACAUGGUGCGCACGACCCUUUUGGACGAGCUGGAUUCAGAGGUCCAAAAUUGUGUUCGCCCACUCCUUGACACGACAAGAGAGCAUGGUUGCACAAUCAUGACCGACGGUUGGACCAACAUCCAGGGUCAGACAUUGUGUAACUACCUCGUCGGGACAAAUUUGGGGGCAGCGUAUGUCGCCACCGACGUCAUGCACGGCAAGAAGGACGCCAUUGCCCUUGCAACCGCAUGGUUGAAGAGGGUGAAGUCCAUGGACUUGAAGCUGAGCGACAUCACAACGUUCGUGACGGGUUCCGCUGGGGUGAACGUCGCGGCGAUGGAGGUUUUUGAGAAGGACAAGAGCGUCAAACACAUGUUCUGGAUCCCCUGCGUCGCCCAUGUGAUGAAUCUCAUCCUCGAGGACAUCGGUGGGAUUGAUUGGGUGGCCACCCGCAUCGCGCAGGCGAGGUUGGUGACGAGGUUCUUCAAGCGCCAUGGCCACGCGCGUGAGGUUUUGGAGAAAUUAUCGAAGAAGACCCUUCUUCUGCCGGCGGAGACUGGUUUCGGCACGAAUGUCAUCAUGAUGACAAGGCUUGUGGACCUGCGGGAAGAGCUCACGGAGCUCGUGGGCGCCGAUUGCUGGCGUGAGACUGUUUGGUCCACCGGCAAGAUCCGCAAGGAUGCCGCAGAGAUCACUGCGUGUAUCGGGUCUCCUCCAUGGUGGGAGGAUUUGAGAGCUUUGUGCAGGAUGUUGGAGCCUAUCAUGGAUAUGUUGAGGACCGGAGGUGGCGGCGACGGGGGAGGUGAUGGCAGAGGUGGAGCCGACGACAGAGGUCGCGGAGGACGUGGCGGCGACGAGGGAGGUCACGGAGGACGUGGCGGCGACGGCAGAGGUCGCGGAGGACGUGGCGUCGACGGGGUAGGCGAAGACACACGGCACGGAGGAGGUGGCGACGACGAGGGAGGCGAGGACAGAGAUCACGGAGGGGGUGGUGGCGACGAGGGAGGUGAUAACAGAGGUCACGGAGGAUGUGGCGACAACGAGGAAGGCGAGGAGAGAGAUCACAGAGGGGGUGGGGGUGACGAGGGAGGUGACGACAGAGGUCACAGAGGAGGUGGCGACGACGAGGGAGGCGAGGAGAGAGAUCACGGAGGGGGUGGCGGCGACGAGGGAGGUCAUGGCAGAGGUGGUCUUGUGCGUGGUCGUGGCUUCGUCUUGAAGCGGUUGAGAUACCGGGGCAAACAGGAUAACAACAUUUCAUCUCGUGUGCGCAGACGUCGUCUUCAGACUGUUCACGAUGUGACCGUCACGGAGGCAAUCGUCGUGCAGCAGGAGCAGGUUGUCGUGUCUGAGGAUUCCAUGAACAAAAAGGCGGACUUGGACAUCAUUCCUUCGGCGGUCACAGCUCCGGAGGAGAGUGGAGCAGGCCCAGUAGGGUUGACUCGUCCAAAGUCUCCGGCGCGCGUUGCAGACACUCAGGUCGCACAGGACUCCCAGCGCCAUCUCACACAAACCACGGUCGAGGUUCAUGUGGAAGGUCGAGGAGGGGUAGCCGAUGAUGGGCGGACGAUUCCAUGCGGUGGAGGGAAUGUGCCACCUCCUUCCACCGUCAUUUGCACUGGUGCCCACAAGGCACCCAGCGCCUCGGUCCCCUCCACAGGCGAGGUAGCACGUCCUCCCACGGGUGACGUUGGUUUGGAGAACGGAGAGGUUGCACGUACUCCCACUUGUGCCCAUGAGGGAGAGGAUGCACGUCCUGCCACAGUCGAGCAUGUUGGCCUCGCCUGCCCCAUUGGCAGUCUUCCGCCCACCGCCGAGAUGUUAGUCAUGAAGUUGGCGUUGGAUGGUUUGCCCGACAUAUCGACUUUGAUAUCUCCCACUUUGGCAUUUGCGGCACCACCAGCGACUGGUCCAGCGGAUGACACGGAUGGAGUGUCUAGAGGAUUCGACGAGUUCGUUGGCGACACGAUACUGCAUCCCACAGUCUCCACCACUCUCGCCGUUUUUCAUGUGGGAGCACCGCACGCAGUGGACCAGGGUUUGGCGGAGCAGGUGGCACGGAACCGCCGUGGCGGCCCCCACGUCGCGGCGCAACGCAGUCUAGGGGAUUCAUUCGAGAGAGUGGAUGCAGAGUAUGUGGCGCAGGACGGUCAUUCUGCGCGGGAUUUCGGAGGCGAGGGGUCAUCAGUACUGGCAGGUCCUCGGCCAGACCCACACCCAGGCCCGCUACGUCCAGCGCAGGAGACGGUUUGUGAAGUUGUCGGCUUGGGCGGUGGCGAGGACACGAGGCAGGAUCUAGCACGGACACAUGGUGGCGUGCCUGGUGGCAGAGACCACGAGCAUAUAGUGACAUCGGACGCACAGCAUAGCGUUGACAGGGCCAUCUCACGUGUUGUCGGAGGCAAGCACACAGGUGACGCUCGACCGCAUCACAUGGCGAUGCGUUCAACACCCCCACACCCCGAUGGCGUCGACCCGGUGUCGGUGCGAAUACCCUUACAAGGGUAUCCACCCUGGUUUUUGCAAGUGACAGAAGAUAAGGUUUGUUCAAAAUCUGAGUACCCCGUGCGAAGUUGCAGUCGUGUUUGGUUCGUGUUAACUGAAUGGUUGACGGGGAGCAAAGUGCGUGUGGGCGAGCAGUUUUGAGGCGCGCGUGAUGUUUUUUUCUCUUGAUGCUAUAGAGUCGGCGUGUCUGGCGACAACAUCUUUGGGCUUUGAGUAAAGCUAGGAAAAGUUU